AACGCCACUUUUCCUUUUUUUCUCUGUCUUCAUUAUCCCUAAAACUUUGAUCAUCGGAUUGGGUGAAACAUCUAACUCCAAUAAAGAUAAAAAAAAAAACCAUUGAAAGUCUUUUCCUUUUUGUGUGGUAUUUGAUUUGAGAAACACUUCUUGAUCCUCUUCUCUCUCUCUGUGUUCGUUUGAUGGGAGUUAUUGUUUCCCGGGAAAUUCACUCUUGCCAUGGCUGCUGCUAAACUGUCUUUCAAGGACUCUCUUAAAGCUCUUGAAGCCGAUAUUCAACACGCUAACACUCUAGCUUUGGAUUACCCGCGGGAUAAGGAUGGAGCACGUGUGCAGAUGAGACUAUCAUACAGUCCAGCUGCUCAGUUUUUUCUUUUCCUUGUACAAUGGACUGAUUGUCACCUCGCUGGUUCCCUCGGCUUGCUCAGAGUCCUUAUCUAUAUGACUUAUGCGGAUGGGAAAACCACAAUGUCGGUUUACGAAAGGAAAGCCAGUAUCAGAGAGUUCUACGCUGUUAUAUUCCCGUCCUUGUUGCAACUGCAAAGGGGAAUCACAGACCUCGAAGACCGGAAGCAAAGAGAGGUGUGCAACAUGCGGUACAGAAGGAAGGAUGAGAGCAAAAAGUGUGAGCUCUCGGAGAUUGAGAUGGAGAGGGAAGAAGAAUGUGGAAUCUGCAUGGAGAUGAACAGCUUGGUCGUGCUGCCAAACUGUACUCACUCUCUGUGCAUCAAAUGCUAUCGCGAUUGGAGAGGGAGGUCACAGUCAUGCCCUUUCUGUAGAGACAGUCUUAAGAGAGUGGAUUCUGGUGAUCUCUGGAUGUUCUUGGAAGGCACAGAUACGGUGAAUCCCUCUGUGAUCGCUAGAGAGAAUCAGAGAAGGUUGUUUGUGUAUAUAGAGAAGUUACCACUGGUGGUUCCAGACCAAGCGUUUGCCUCUUCUCCUUACGAUUGCCAUGUUAGGUGAAAGAAGGAAAAAAAAGGGGUGUAAAACCGGGUCUGGUGAAUCUUUACAUGUAUCUAUUUAUUAGAAGUUAGCAAGAAGUAGUAGGAGUCAUUGUCUUUUUAAACAAACUCUGUUUCUUUUACCGUAUUUUCUUGGGAAAGUUCAACUGCCUGUAUGCUUUUUGUGCAUUUGGUUUGUGGUUCCCAUUACGAACAUAAACCGUUUUCUUCAAGAAGUGUUUAUUCACAAUCAAA